AGCAGCUAGGAGUGGAGUGGACAGCGCUAGUCUUUUCUUCUUGGCUAGAAUUCCCGCCGGGUGUUUUUGUCUUGAAUGAUCCUCGAAUCCAAAUUCCGUUGGUUUAUAAAAACCCUACGUUACGCCAGUCUCGAGGUUUUCUGCUUUCGGACUCUCUCUCACAUUCCCCGUCCCUCUCUCCAGUGUUCUCUCUGGAAUUGCUCCUGCUGAAUUCGGAUAUUGGGAUUAAGUGAUGAAGAGUCCUUGCAAAGAAAGCAAAAUUCCCAGUUAUAAAUGUAUUAAGCAAGAACCUUCAAGUGAAGCAAUUGACGUUUCUGUGACAAAGAACAUUGCACAACGAGUUCAAAAAGUUGAGUCCAAGGGGUAUCUAGAGAGAAGAUGCAGCCCUAGGCUUAAAAAUAAGCCUCAAGAGAAAAGGCCGUGCUAUGAUGAAGGUCAGAGCAUGAAGUUAGAUGCUCCUGAACUCGACAUCUGCAAGAAAGAAGUUGAAGGAGAGUCAACAGGGCCUGGAGUGAGAAGAUGGUGUCCAAGACUUGAAAGUAUACCUGAUAAGAGUAGGCCAUUAUAUGAUGGAGAUCAGAGGAGGGAGUUAGAUGCUCCUAAACAUGAUGUGUGCAAGAAAGAAACUGGAGAUUAUAACCGGAAGAGACAUUUAGAAUCCCCUGUAGAUAAUGCUGGCAAGAGAAGAAGCUACAUUAAUCAUCCAAUGCAAGAAUGGCAACCUGAUAUCGAUAGAAAAGGCGGAGAAGAUGGGCUCAAAAGAAGUGGUCCGGCCCUUGGUUCCUUGCCUUUUAAAUUUGAUGACACAGAAAUUGAGUUAGAAAACAAUGCUAAUCUGAAAUGGACGGACUAUCAAAGUUUUGUAGCUGAUAGUAUCAAACAGAAGGCAUGUACAGCAGUGAAAGAGACAGCAAGGACGUUUAAUAAUCAUCACCUUAGCUGUGUUCAGGAAGAAGAGAAGAAAUAUGAAAAGCUAGAGGCCAGAGAUCCUCAGGUUGCUGAUUAUACUGAUAAUAAGGGAAAUUCAUCCACUGCUAAGUGUACUUCAAAGCAACCAAUUCCGAAGGAAAUUUCCGAGGCGUCAAAGAAGAAUGAACAAUCAUACACUGAAAAACAAGUUGCUUAUCUACCUGGUAUUGCUGUUGGGCAUAAAUUCUUCUCUCGAGAUGAUAUGGUGGCUACAGGUUUCUGUGGACAUUGGUUGAAUGGAAUUGAUUACAUAUGCAAGCUUUGUGGCAAAUUGGGUAAGCACAAUGAGUAUAGCAGCCUGGUAGCAGUAGCAAUCGUUUUGUCUGGACAACAACAAGAUGGUGUUGAUUGUUUAAAUGAAGUAGUGUAUACAGGCCAAGGCAGAAACAACAUGAAUGUUAGUAAGAGUCAAACUAAAGAUCAAGUUAUGCAUUGUAGUAAUUUGGCUCUUGAGAAUAAUAUGGAGCAAUCUGUACCUGUCAGGGUCAUCUGUGAGCAUAAACGUGGUGAUAAUCAAAGUGGCAAAGUUUACACAUAUUGUGGUUUGUACAAGGUUGUACGUUGCUGGUCUUUUAAAAGGGCUUCUGGAUUUACUGUUUCUAAGUACUGUUUGAAACGACUUCAAGGGCAGCCCAAAGUUGAGAUAGAUGAGGUUUGUUUUGAACGAGAAAGAACUAUUGGCAAAUUGCAUGGCUUGGUGUGUGAGGACAUCUCUUUUGGGAAAGAAGACAUACCUAUUCCUGUUAUCAAUAUAAUUGAUAAUCCUCCUAUAGCACCUCCAGGCUUUAAAUAUAUGAAGUCUGUUCAAGUUGCAAGAAAUGUGAUCAUUCCUCCAAGUGCCUCUGGGUGUGAUUGUAAAGGAAAAUGUACAAAUCCAAGGUCUUGUUCUUGUGCUCGACUUAAUGGCUUUGACUUUCCAUAUGUGGACAUAGAUGGUGGCAGAUUGAUUGAAGCAAAGGAUGUGGUGUUUGAAUGUGGUCCUGGAUGUAGCUGUGGUCCUAGUUGCAUUAACCGUGUCUCUCAGCGGGGAUUGAAGUACCAACUCGAGGUCUAUCGUACAGCAGACAAAGGAUGGGCUGUUAGGUCUCGGGAUGUAAUUCCUUCUGGUGCUCCAGUGUGUGAAUACUUUGGAAUUCUUAGGAGGAAUGAUGAGUUGGAUAACAUAUCUGGGAAUGAAUUUAUAUUUGAUAUUGACUGCUGGCAUACAAUGAAUGAAAUAGGGGGAAGAGAGAGGCGACAAGGUGAUGGGUCUGCACCUGCAAUUGAUCCUCUGAAGAAAGUAGAUGUCAAGAUGGAUGAAAGUGAAUCUGAGUUUUGCAUAGAUGCGGGCUCUUGUGGUAAUGUUACCAGAUUUAUUAAUCAUAGUUGUCAGCCCAACCUCUUUGUCCAGUGCAUUUUGAGUACCCACCACGAUAUCCGACUUGCUCGAAUUGUGCUAUUUGCAGCAGACGAUAUACUUCCUAUGCAAGAACUUACUUAUGACUAUGGCUACGUGCUUGAUAGCGUUGUUGGUCCUGAUGGGAAACUAAAACAGUUGCCGUGCUGCUGUGGCACAGAUGAGUGUCGGGGGCGCUUAUAUUAGGGGUUGCAUUUUGUUACAUCUCUACCUGUAUGCGUGCGGCCUUUUGGACUGCAUCUUGCCUCCUCCACAGGGUCUUACGAUAGGUAUUAGUUAUUUAUAGUCAAAACGAAAUCGGUGUAUACUUGGUAGAAAUGUAAUGAAAGCAAGAGCAAUUAAUAUCGUUUUUUACCUGUUUGAUAAAGUCAGAACUAUCUGUGUUUUAUGCUUUCACUACACUAAUAAUUAUUUUUUUUGGAUU